AUGUCGGCGACAAAGUUGAACGACGCCGCCAUAUUCCACAGACAGAAAGCCUGGGUUGUUGUGAGGAGAGGGAAGCCCAGGGUCGCCUUGGUCCUUGACGAGAAUGCUGCUGUUCCCUCCGAUCUCGCUGAAGGAGAGGUCCUUAUCAAAGUGCAAGCUGCUGCCCUCAACCCCGUGGGUUACAAGCUCAUGGGAAUCUUACCAAACUUCAUCGCAAAACGACCGCACGUUGCUGAGCAUGACUUCACGGGCAUUAUCGCCGACGCGAAUGGUACAGACCUGGCAACUGGCCAGGCAGUCUGGGGCUUUGUCCCCGUUGGCCUCAAAAUUGGGACCGGGCAAGGUUCUCUCGUGCAGUACACGCGUGUGCCUACAUCGCACAUCGUCCUACGCUCGCCUUCCCUUAAACCCAGCGAAGCUGCCGGCCUUGGUCUCGUGGGGCUCACAGCGUGUGAAGCCCUCGUUCACAUAGGGAAGCUCGAAGAAGGCCAGAGUCUUUUCAUCAACGGUGGGAGCACCGCAGUGGGCAUUGUUGCGAUCCAGCUUGCGAAGGCGAUCGGUGCUAAAGUCACUGUCACUGGAUCCAGCAAGCGGGAAGAGUUCCUCCGUAGCUUGGGUGUAGACGCGUUCGUAGACUACACCAAGGCGCCGGUGUAUGAGCAACUCGAACGCGACCCGCCGACGCCCAAGUUCCACCUCAUUUUUGACGCCGUCGGCGACGCGAACGUGCCCUUAUACACCCAAAGCCCGGCAUACCUGCAGCCGAACGGGCUCUACCUCGCUGUCGCGCCGUGGCCCACCAGCACGCUGGGAAGCAUCAUGAACUUCGCUUGGCUAACGUGGGAGGUCAACCGCCCACUCUGGCUCGGUGGAACGCCGCGGCAGUGGAGGAAGCUGCCAGUGAUGACAGUGAAAAAAGAGAAGCUAGAGGAACUGGCGCGGUAUGUCGACGAGGGUAAGGUCAAGCCUAUCGUCGACAGCGUAUUUAAGUUCGAAGACGCUCUUGCGGCAUACGACCGAAUUAUGUCACAGAGGGCGUUGGGCAAGGUGGUAGUGAAAGUCGACCCUGAGGUCGACUGA